CAUUGCGGGCAACCUUGUCCUCGUCCCGAAAUUUCGGCUAAUCUGCGCCGUCCAAUUCAAAAUAGACGGCUCCUGCGCACUUUUCGCUUGCCCCUAUCGACACCGCUUCGCCAUAAAGCCGCCGCGCCUCCCCCUACUUCGUUGACCUCUUUCGAUUCCAACCUCGAUUCCCUCGACGUGAAAAGGAGAAGCUUGCAGUGUGAUUUCAGAGUUGGUGCUUAUCAAUUGUUUGAUGGAAUGACUGAGAGAAGCUUGGUCAUAAUACUUGUCCUUUACUUGUUCAACUCAGAUAUGAAGGUGGGCUUAUUGAGAUGGGGAGUCCUUAAGCAUCUGAAGGAAGGUUUAGGGCAACCGAGGUUUCCACUAGGCCUCUAUAGAGGUUCCCAGGCAUGUUUUUCAACCAUAUCAUCUGAUGAGAAUGAGGAGAAGAUUGGAAUUGAGGAUGAUGAUUUUAUCGAAGACAAGAAAGAGUUGGAACCACAAGGUGUAGACCCCAUGAGGGGCUGGGGCUUCAGAGGUGUGCAUAAGGCAAUUAUUUGUGGAAAAAUUGGUCAAGCUCCUGUACAAAAGAUACUAAGGAAUGGCAAGACAGUGACCAUAUUUACGGUUGGAACAGGUGGUAUGUUUGACCAAAGAAUCACUGGUGCUGAGCAUUUGCCAAGACCAGCUCAGUGGCACCGAAUUGCUGUUCAUAAUGACCAGCUUGGGGCAUAUGCUAUUCAACAGUUGGUGAAGAACUCUGCUGUUUUUGUUGAGGGUGAUAUUGAGACCAGAGUCUACAAUGACAACAUCACUGGCCAAGUGAAAAAUAUACCUGAAAUCUGUGUGCGCCGUGAUGGAAAGGUUUGCUUGAUUAAGUCGGGGGAUAGCACUGCUAGAAUAUCUUUGGAAGGACUGCGGGAUGGAUUGUUUUGAGCGUGUUACUUGAGAUGCGUUUUACCUGCUCGUAGCUUCAGACCAAGUGUGUUGCAGUCAUACACUUGUAGUGAUCGCCAAACUUUGCAAGUUCUAACUUUGUUAUUUUCUUUAUUGCUAAGAAGGAUCGUCCAAGGUGUGUUCUUGAGCUUGUCUAUUCACUAAAAUGAUGUAGAACUUUUUAGUGUGGUUUUGAUAUCUUUGAUUUUAGAA